AAAUAGAUUUUAUUUUUCUAACUUUUCUUUGUCUAUACAAAUAGAAAUCUGUCCUGACGCCUAAUUGAAGUUGGCGCUAGGGUUUUAUUGUUAUCUCCUCUUUCUGCAUCUUGCGCUUGCUCUCCCCCUCCACUCUGCUACUCCACAUUUCGCAGAGAUGAAUGUCGAAAAGUUAAUGAAGAUGGCCGGUUCGGUCCGCACUGGUGGGAAGGGUACAAUGAGAAGAAAGAAGAAGGCUGUACACAAGACGACCACGACAGAUGACAAAAGGCUUCAAACUACCUUAAAGAGGAUAGGAGUGAAUGCCAUACCUGGAAUCGAGGAAGUUAAUAUUUUCAAGGAAGAUGUAGUGAUACAGUUUGUCAACCCCAAAGUUCAAGCAUCUGUUGCAGCCAACACAUGGGUUGUUAGUGGCACUCCUCAGAACAAGAAAUUGCAGGAUAUUCUUCCUCAAAUUAUCCACCAGUUGGGCCCGGAUAACAUGGAGAAUUUGAAAAAGUUAGCGGAACAAUUCCAGAAACAGGCAGCGGCAGAUGGUAGUGGUACAGCUUCUGGUGCUGCAGAAGAUGAUGAUGACGAUGUACCCGAACUCGUAGCCGGUGAGACUUUUGAGGCUGCUGCUGAGGAGGGAAACACAAACACCCAGACCUCUUAAGGAUUAUAUUUUCCAGUUUUCGACUGUUCUUAUAUUUUCCAUAUAUCUAAAAGAUCUCUUACAUUACUCUGUCUAUGUCACGAUCAAUGACUCAAAUAGAUUCACCUUUCUUAA